UCCGCACCUGCCGCAAAUCACGCUUACCGACUGCACCCAUCAGGUGGCGCUGUACAGCGCGAGUUUUGAUAUUGCCGCAAACCAAUCAAUUGCAGAUACCCAACGAAGCCAGACCACCAACAUAGCCAGAGCAAACUAGACACAAAUACUCGAUUGCAUUAAAUUGGAAACAAGCUAAACAGAUACGAUACUUAACUAACAAUAGAAAAAAGGUGGGCCGGGCAAACAAUCCACACAAACUCAUUAAAAUCAAACGGAGCGAGGGCGAGGGCGAGACGAUUGUACCACACAAAGCCAAACCGCACAGCGCGUACGUCAGCGGAAAUAGUUUAUAUGCAAACGACAAACAAUCAACAACAAGCAGCAAACGGAUUUGGGAAGCGUAACUGCGUCUUGUCCGAAGCUCGCGCUCGAACAAUGGUUGUUGCUGUUGUUGCCGUCGACGUCUUUGAAAAGAGCAGCAGCAGCGGCAGCAGCGUUGAAUCUGCAGAGUUAGCGGCACCCAGCUGUAGCGGUACACAAGCAUCGGCCUCCAAUAACAAUAAUACUGAUAAGACCGCUCCAACGACUGUUCAGGAGGCAGAGGCCAACAACAACACGCCUGUCACCUCUAACACGAGCGACAAAAUGACCGAUGCUGGCAAGGGGAAGAGCAGCGAUUCUGUCGGCGAUUCUACCAAAGCGGUAGAGCCGGCCGAUCCCGCAUUGCCGACAGCUCCCACAAAAAGCGCCGUUAGCCAGCGCAAUGUGGACAUCAAGAUCGAGAAGAUAGCUAACACGGAGCCGGCCGGCCAGCAGCUCACCAAGAAGGUGUUAAAGCUUGAUCUGGGCGGCAAGAGUCUGGACGAGUACUCGCUUAAGUCGCCCAAGUCACCCAUAGCGGCACGUGUGCAACAUCAAACAUCAUUGACGUCAUCGGUGGACGUGGAGGACCGGAAAACGCUACGUGACGCCUUAUAUCAGGGUAUUUUCCACCGACAUCGCCGCACCAUCUUCGCCGUGGGCAGCUUCCUGCGCAUGUUGCGCAGCCGCAACUCCCAGUACAACACGAUCCGCAGCUCCUCAGAGGGCGAGGACAUCGACGAGUUUCUCAAGAGGCGCAGCUCGAAGUUGCUCAGGCUUCCGCAUAUCUUCGAUCAAUGA